CCAAAAAGGGUAAAAAAAUUGGCACCUGAAAUGUGUUUCUGCUACAUAUGUGGCAACCAGUACACCAUCGCAUCGCUUCCCAUUCACGAAAAACAAUGCCUCGCUAAGUGGAAAAUAGUAAACUCGAAACUGCCAAAACAUCUGAAGAGAUUUCUACCGAAAAAACCUCAGAUAUUAAUCAAAAAUAUGGUGGAUAAUUUGACGAGGUUUGCAUGA